GCCUCUGCGAAGAAGAGGGAGGUACGAAACCCUAAACUUAGAUCUGUGCUGUGAUCGCUUGAAUCCCUCGUGUCUCUGCGUUUCUGCUGCAUUUUAGGCAUCGGUAUCCUUCGAAAUAGUGUGGGAAUCGAAGUUUUGAGGUUCCCCUGCGCCGAUCGUCACCCAUUUUAGAUUUUGCAGCCUGUCAAGAUGGGUCGCGGAGUAAGCAGUGGAGGGGGUCAAAGUUCUUUGGGUUACCUAUUUGGUGGUGAUGAGGCUCCUAAAUCUACUGGAGAGAGUGCUGCACCAGCUCAUAAUCCAGCUCCUCCACCACCAGUUGAAAACAGCAAGCAAAUUCCUGCAGGCAUCCAAGGGAGCCUACCAAACAACUACCACCGAGCAGAUGGGCAGAACACUGGUAAUUUUAUCACGGAUAAACCUUCAACGAAGGUGCAAGCUGCUCCUGGUGGUGGUUCUUCCCUGGGUUACCUGUUCGGGGGUGGUGGCAACUGAUGAUGUUAUUCUUGCUGCUGAAGUCAGUGAGAAACUUCCGAAACUAUGUUAUUGCUGCUUGCAGCUUUUGGGAUGACUAUAUUUGCAAUUUGGAGUUGGUAAAUGCUUUAACUUAUUAGCUUCAUGUCUGAAAUGGUUACAGUGAAGUUUAUGAGUGUAGGUGUUCCUUGGACAAGUGGCUUUGUAGUCUGCACUAUUAACUAAUACCUCUUUAUUCGAUUUC